CAGCCUGCUAGUGUGUAAAGAUGGCGGAAGCUCCUACAUGGCCCAGCCGGUUUUUCUGCCACAGAUGCUCGGCAGAGAUCAGUCCGCGCCUUCCCGAGUACACUUGUCCAAGAUGUGAUUCUGGCUUUAUUGAGGAACUUCUAGAGGAGAGAAGUGCUGACAGUGGCUCCACAGUGACUACCUCCAGCGGGACACAGAAUCCGCAACCCCAAGAGAAUGCAGGGCAGCCCAUGUUUACAUUUCCUUCUGGGUAUGGACAGUUUGCUCUUGGAGUCUUUGAUGACAGCUUUGUCUUUGGUACUGCACCUGGAACCGAGGACAACCGUGAUGCUGAAAACCGCAGGGAAAGGGAAUCGGCAUCGAGGCAACGGUAUAGUGCGCGGCAGCCGAGAAGUCGUCAUGGCGCCAGACGCCAAGGAGGGCGGCAUGAAGGAGUGCCGACUUUAGAGGGAAUCAUUCAGCAACUGGUCAAUGGUAUAAUCGCACCAACUGCAAUGCCCAAUAUUGGACCAUGGGCUGUUCUUCACUCAAAUCCAAUGGAUUAUGCUUGGGGUGCUAACGGACUAGAUGCAAUCAUUACUCAGUUAUUAAACCAGUUUGAAAACACAGGACCUCCACCUGCCGAUCGAGAUAAGAUAAAAAGUCUUCCUACUGUUCAAGUUACAGAUGAACAUGUUGCUUCAGGUCUGGAAUGUCCAGUGUGUAAAGAAGAUUACAGUGUUGGAGAAAGCGUGAGGCAGUUGCCAUGCAAUCACAUGUUCCACAAUGAUUGCAUAAUACCCUGGCUGGAGCAGCAUGACACUUGUCCAGUGUGUCGGAAAAGCUUAAGUGGACAGAACACGGCAACAAACCCACCAGAAUUAUCAGGGAUGAACUUUAGUCCUUCAUCUUCAUCUUCCUCUUCAUCAUCCUCAUCUUCUUCUACCCCUCAAUCGUCAAAUUCCACCAGUCACGAGAACUCGACUGAUAACUCCUAAAGGACACGUUUUCCCACUUCACCCUUUGAGCAGUGUGUUGCUCAGAGACUGCUGCGCUUCAAACCGAUGACCUCCGGUGUCUCCCUGUUGUAGUGCUUGUGAUCGCAUCAUACCAGGGCGACUUGAACCCUCAUUGAUGGGCAGCGAUAGAUGAAGAACAUGUAUUGUCGUCACUUGCUCCUCGUAUUACCAGGAAUCUGAACAGUCAAUGAGGCGGAGGCCUAGAGUGCAGCUUUGGUUGGGGAUCGAGUGGAAGAUCACAGAUAGAUGCAAAGACUGAUCCAGUGAGAGAAGAAGCUGGAAUCCAAAGAUCCACUCGCAGUUUUAAAAUAAUAAUGACAUCUGAUGUGAAUGAACUACACUUAUUUUAUAUUAAUUAAUCUUAAAAGUGGGUCUCAUUUUGACCCCACACACUUAAGACAUUUCAGGGCAUUUCAGCCUAAAAGUAAAAAAAAAGGACAUUUUGAAAUCUAUUGAUUUUGCAAUACUGCUAGAUAAAUAAAGUUGGAAUGUAAAUUAUUUACUUUGUGUGUAUUUAUUGGCAGUGUAAAUUGACUCUUUAAAGGGAUAAAUAGUGCAACUGGUUGAAUGUAAACUAAAGUGGGAAGUUUCUUUUGCUUUUUAUUUGUAAAGAGUUGUCUUUAUUUUACACUAGGGUGUGCUGAAUAAAACAAACACAUUUGAAAUUGACUUAUGUUCAAGGAAGUAUUGAAUCAUAUGUUUUGUGUUUGAAAUACUCCUUAACACACAUUUUUGUUUUAGAGUACAUUUUAUUAUUAAUUGUCCAAGUUAUGAUUAUAUAUUACAUUCAUACAGCUCCUCGAUAAGCUGAGAGGCUAUACUUCUCAUAUGUGCUUAUUUUCUCCUGAAGGUGUCAGUGGGUUUUAAAAAUACGAUCUUCAAUAGGUCAGAGUAGAUUUUGUCAGGUUCCAUGGUCCAACAAAAUGAGGACUUUGUAAUCUUCCCUGUGUGUGUUUUACACUUGCAGCUUAGUGAUAGAAUUCACUGAAAUAUAUCCUUGUGCAUUUCAAUGCAUAAAUAUUUUCAUAUUUAUGCAAUAUGGUCUUUUAUUGCUAGGAGUGACAACAUAAUUCACCACAGUGUGACUCAGUAAUUCACAACUUUUAUUUCCUUUCAGCACAAUUGUACUUCUACGUUUACAGGUUGAACACAGUGCUGAUAGAGCUGUUGCAGGUUGAAGCUAUAUAUAUGAGAAAUAUGCCUUCAGGAGAGGGUUUUUUUAUGCGCUGUGCCAGGUCACCACCACCUUCGAUUUAUUGCUGCAUCAGUGAUCAGCAUUUCCCAGAUAUCCUGAAAACAGAGGGAACAAUUGUAUACAUGAAAGAACUUUGUCUGCAGGAAGAGAUUUCCAUGCAGCAGCUGACUUUGAAUUUGUUUUCAAACAAAACACCUUGUUCAAGGAGCCACAGAACAUGCUCUUGUUUCGACUCUCAAUGGGGUACAUGCCUACAAAAUGAAUA